CUCAUCCUCUAUUCCAUUCGUUUCUUCUUCUUUUAUAUCUCCCAUCCUUCGUUGCCAUCGUCAUCACAGGUUGAGGUAUACAUAUUCAAAGCCGAGAAAUACGUCUAUUUGUCAGAAACCCCAAAUCGCGGUCACUACCCCACCCUACAAGUCCUCAUCCAGGACCCAACGAAGAAUGGAAGCCAUCUGUCCGGUCGGCGAUCAAUAUCAAAACAACGAUUCUCUAUCAGAUUCAGAAAACUCGCCAGUGAAUAACCUCCCCCCUCCCCCAGAACCAUUUCCUGUAGAUCUCCUUUCACAGAACGUAUCAAGUUCUAUAGGCUCGAGAGCAGAAUCGGAUCAGACUCUUAUCGUCAAACACCUCCGCUCUGUGCAGAGAUCAUGUAUCGACGCUCUUUCAGCUUUACUUCCGGAUCAUUUCACGCAGAAUGGUGAUUUUGAUUGGGAUCCGACCUUGAUUGCUGAUUCGGAUGAUCGGCUCGCACAGGCUUUAAUGGAAUUGCUAGAGGUGACUUACGAGCUUGAGGAUCUUACUCCAUCACCAGCUGAAUCCGUGUUACAAGAAGAGCGCGGAGAGGAAGUAGUCAUCGGGGACUCUGGGUCUUUAGAAAAUCUUACAUCCCAACUGGAUAAACUUCAAGCGGCUCGCGUGGCUUCUCGUCCUCAAACCCCAAUCAUAGGGACGUAUUCAGAUGCUUCCGCCAUUCACCCAGCGAUUAGGAUAGUGAGAUUGGAGUUUUCCUGGGCGCGAUUAGAGAGCUUAAGUUUAGCUGUUGUUGAACUUUCCCGUCAGCGGUAUCAGCAGUCAACAGAAGAUAGGGAGACCUCACCCCCAAGCUAUGAGACGUAUCAUAAUGGUAGUCACGAGCUGCCGCAAUACUCCGAGGUCAAUUCACACGGCUCUUCCGCAUCUGUUUCGAAAUUGGCUGAUUCGCCGACGGCCAAAGACGAUUUUACAUCUCGCUCCUCCCUCGAGUCUUCCAGAAGUCGGAGGCCUGCGGAUAGAGAAAAGAUGCUCAAUGAACUCGAAGCUGUGACAUCUGCUAUUGAGCGACUGUAUAGUAUAUCUCCACAAUUAUCGAAUCAGAGGGUUGAGUUUCGACCCCUUGCCCGUUCAUCUACGGAGGGGCGACAUCACCAAAACAAUGAGACCGUGGAUUUGAAGGUAGAUGAACGGGUGGAUGAAGGACAAAAAAUGAAAGAGUUGGACGAGAUCUGGUGUCAGUUGCAGGGUGCAAAGAAAAAGAGAAUGGAGGAUCAGAGGGCUGGCGUCAACACCUCACAAUCUCGGAGUAAAGAGAAAUUUAUCGCUCGAUUGAUAGAACAAGCGGAGAAGCGAAGGCUCCCAUGUCAGGAUAGUGAAAUGGCUGCCGUCGAUGGCGAACUUGCCAAGGCGAGAGAGUUGAAAGAUAGAGAUCAUUUUCUGCGAGGCCUCAUUGAACGAUCUGCAGAUCGGCGGUUCGACAACCAAGAUGCUGCUGCUCCAGCAGAAGAUAGAAGCGCGGCCCGUCUCGCCAAGCAACAAGCUCUUAUUAGCGCACUCGUUAAUCAUACCCAGGCGACUAGACUGUCAUCUCAAGAUUUCCCGCUCACUUUAGAGGACAAGUUGGCCGAAAACCGGUCCGCUUUCGUCAGCCAGCUCGUGGAGUAUUCCUCUGCUGGGAGAUUAUACGACCAGGAUUCUUUACCUCCUAGCCCAAGAGAAGACGAGAAUAUGAGAGUCGGCGAAGAGAAAGACCCGAUGGAGAUUGUCACUGUGAAGGAUUUCCUUGCCUCGAGUCGACCCCCAGUCCCGCAAAAUAAGGCAGAUGCCGGAGAACCAGCGGGAAAAAGGGAAAUGUCAAGCUCUGAAGGAGGAGGGAAACGGAGAGUUGUGUCCAAGAUUGCAGGAAUGGUGAGGAAGGGUAGUGUACAUUUGGGAUUAAAAUCCACAUUCUCCCCGGACGAAAACAAUGUGACAUAUGUGGUUGAACACCAGGAGAAUCUCAGAAGUCUUCAGGUACUGGUACACGGCAUUGGCAUUUCUUCGAACCUCGAGCUUAAUAUCCAGACUCUUCCAUCGAGCUCUGGGUCCACAAAUACUGCUGUCAUAACGUCUAAGAGGGAACCUUCGCUAUCGAUUGAUGUGGCACUGCCGGUUUUGGUAUACUCUGACCAAAUUACGCCGCUUGUGCCUCAGUCCCUUUAUCAGGAAGCGAAGCUCUCGGCGCUGCCGACACCCCCAGCAUCUAAUGCGUUGAUAAUUACCCAUGCUCUUUCUGCCCCCGAUUUCCGUUCUCUAAAGGCAACGGUACUAUGUUGUGCCAUAUGUGAACGUCAUCUCGCCAGUCUUCCAUUCUCUCAAGAUCCUAAACAAGCGUACAAAGAUCUGCCAUCAGAUCAUUGGGCAGAGAUGAUUGAUAUAUGGAUGUGUCACGAUGAUCCUGCCUUUACGGCGAGACUUGCAGGUAUGACGGAAGAAGGAUUCUGGCCCAGAGAUGGUGGUGUCUUAGUCGGGGGUAGUUAUCUGCUGGUAGAAAAGACGAGUGGUCAAUGGGAAAUUCUUCGAAUGGGAACGCAAAAGGAAAAUGAAACCUGGCGCCUUAUCAGUUGCAAGUGUGGAGAGGUUGUAGGUAAACAGCGCAUAGACGAUGGAAAGCCGGGCAGCGGGACUUUGAGAUUCUCCAAAUGGGCUAUCGGCCUUCUAGACGAUGGCAACGACGAUGGCGAGAUAACUCGAUUCCCUCUUUCAGUCUUUAUUGUCUCCGACAUGCUCGAACUAGCGCAGGCUCACGCAAGUUUCCGAUUCAUCAUUUCGGAAGAAGAGACCGGCGUUCAGAAACUCUAUCUUUGGUUAUUCAACGCCUCCACAUCUGUAUCGUACUUCAAGCCUACCCCUACCUCUGCCCAAACGUCACCACUCCGCUCGUCAUUCACUGUUUGUCAGGCCUCGGAGAAGAGAAGCGUAAGGUCGCGUAGAUCUUCAACAGCUAGUUCGAUCAAGACCAGCAACUCUGGGGGAAAUGGAGGUAGCGCCAAGUGUGAUGGCAGAGGCAAGACCAUCAAGGCUGUAAAAACUAUGUACAAAAUUGUUGACGAAUCCACCAAUAUCGAUAGAUUACCAGGUUUUGGCCCUGGUGGCCAAAUUGAACACCUGACCUAUUCUCGCGAAGUCUGUUCCAGGCUGAUUGCCACCUUGAAAGAAAGCACUUUAGUUUACCCCGCCGCCAAAAGGUCGAUGGGUGCAUUUGAUGUGGGAUUUUUGGAACGUGCUUAGUAGAUAUUUGAUUCCUUUGUGGGUUUUUGGUUUUAAUUGCUCUUUAUGGUCACGACUGGACAUACGGACAUGGGACGCCUAUUUACGAUGGUCAUAUAUUCAUUUGUGAAAUGGUUUUUUUGUAAAAUGAGUAAAGCUUCUGAUCUUGUAUCCAUGCAACAUCCUCCU